AUGAAUGGCAAGAUAAACAUCCUGCUAUCCGCGUUCGAGACCCAACGGCACGUGACACGAGAGACAAAGGGUCUCGGCACAGCAGUGACGGAGGUACAAAAGCCUUCCAAAAAGGCUCCUCAAAAGGCGCAGGUACCCAAGGUGCAAGUGCCAAACGCCCAGGCGCCCAAGCCGAGCAACGGUGAAGAAAAGGCGCCCAGACCUAACGAGUCCAAGCCAGGCAGCUACGCAUCUGUCGCCAAGAAUGCUAGCACGGGUGCAGAGUGGACCAAGGUGAAGCCUACGCGCCUGUGUAAAAAACCUGAGGCACUCAUCGUAAAAAAGACAGGAGAGGCUUCGUACGCAGAGAUGCUUCGGAAGCUAAGAUCGGACCCGAGCCUUAGCGAACUGGGCAGCCACGUACGAAAAAUCCGGAGAACGCAGAAAGGUGUGCUGUUGCUUGAGGUAGAGGGAAAAGCUUCGGAAAGCGUUCCCAAGUUUAAGAGCGACCUGGAAGCGGCGCUCAAUGACUUGGCCUCUGUGCGCACGGGAGCGCAAAGAAUAGCCCUAUCUUGCAGCGGCUUGGACGAGGCUACGACAGCAGAUGAGCUCCACAGCUGCAUGGUCGCCCAAUUCCAGGGUCUGCAGAUAAACCCUGAAGAUAUCAGGGGCCUUCGCAGAAUGCGGGAUGGCACGCAGAUAGCCUCAGUGCUGCUGAACGCGAACGUGGCGAUACCAGUCCUUAAACAGGGCACCUUAAUAGUUGGAUGGUCAAGAUGUCGCUUCACCCAGGACGUCCGACCCACGAGAUGCUACAGGUGUUUGGGCUAUGGACAUCGAUCAGCAACCUGCAAGGACACCGACAGGGCAGACUGCUGUCUUAGAUGCGCAGCGAGGUGGACAGAAACCACCCGACGGGUAGCUUUGCGUGCCCGACCUACAGAGCGACCCUGA